UGUGAACCUGGAUACACAGGAAAAAUGUGCAACAUCAACAUCGAUGAAUGUGCCAGCAACCCGUGCAGCCACGGAGGGACCUGUGAAGACCUUGUCAAUGGCUUCAAGUGCACCUGUCCUGAGGGCUUCCAGGGACAUACGUGUAUGUCCGAAGUAGAUGAGUGCCGCAGCAACCCUUGCAUCCACGGGACAUGCCGCGAUGGGGUCAACGGGUACAAGUGUGAUUGUGGCUCAGGUUGGAGUGGCACCAACUGUGACAUUAACAACAAUGAAUGUGAUUCCAAUCCCUGUAUGAACCAAGGCACCUGCAAGGACAUGACUAGUGGCUACAUCUGUUCUUGUAGAGAAGGAUUCACUGGAGUAAACUGUCAGACCAACAUUAAUGAAUGUGCAUCAAAUCCUUGCCUGAACCAAGGCACAUGCAUAGACGGG